UUUCGUUUGUGCAAUUUAUAUGAAAGAAUAUAAAAAUUUUCUCGAUAACCCCGUAUUUUCUGAAUGUCUUACGCUUGCUAGAGGUUCAUGAAGGGAACAUCGGCCCUAUGGUGGUCACAUAACAUUUCAUAACAAACCAUGGCUGCCCCGUUGGUCAGAAUUUUCUCAAAGUCCCUCAGACAAAUCUCUCGACCAUGGGGAGUGUGCCAGUCUGGAUUGAGGAGCAGUUCCACCAGAUCUUCCCCAGCUGUAGCAUCCGACCAGGCGGGUGGGACGGUGUCCUUUCCUCCCCUUCAGACAUAUUCAGAGGAAGAGAGCAUGAUGAGGGAUGCAGUGAAGAAAUAUGCCCAAGAGCGCAUCGCCCCAUUAGUGUCAAAGAUGGAUGAAAAUAAUACUAUGGAUGAAGAAGUGAUCCAAUCCCUCUUUGACCAGGGACUAAUGGGAAUCGAGAUUGACCCAGAAUAUGGUGGCACUGGCUCCACAUUCUUCUCUUCAAUUCUGGUCAUUGAAGAGCUGGCGAAAGUGGAUCCCUCUGUGGCUGUGCUCUGUGACAUCCAAAACACACUCAUUAAUACAUUGUUUGCCGAACUUGGUACACCAGAUCAGAAAGAAAAGUACCUCAGCCGACUGUCCACUGACAUGAUUGGAAGCUUCUGCCUCUCCGAAGCUGAAUCUGGCAGCGACGCUUUUGCUCUGAAGACGCGUGCUGAAAAACAAAAGGACUAUUAUGUAAUCAACGGAUCCAAAAUGUGGAUCAGUAAUGCGGAGCAUGCAGGUGUUUUCCUGGUGAUGGCCAAUGUGGAGCCUUCUGCUGGAUACAAAGGCAUUACCUGCUUCAUUGUGGACCGGGAAACUGAGGGGCUGGAGAUCUGCAAGAAGGAGAACAAGCUUGGCCUGCGUGCGUCCUCCACCUGCCCGCUCAACUUUGACAACGUCAAGGUACCAGAGAAGAACAUUUUGGGAGAGAUCGGUCAUGGGUACAAGUACGCCAUUGGAAUGUUGAAUGGGGGCAGGAUUGGAAUUGCAGCACAGAUGGUUGGACUGGCCCAGGGCUGCUUUGACCACACAAUUCCUUACACUAGACAGAGGGUGCAGUUUGGAAAACGAAUCUUCGACUUCCAGGGCAUGCAGCACCAGAUAGCCCAUGUGGCUACGCAGAUUGAAGCUGCACGGCUGCUGACGUACAACGCCGGCCGUCUGAAGGAAGCUGGAAGACCUUUCAUUAAGGAGGCCUGCAUGGCUAAAUACUACUCUGCCGAGGUUGCAACCUUAACAACAUCAAAAUGCAUUGAAUGGAUGGGAGGAGUAGGCUUUACCAAAGACUACCCCGUAGAGAAAUACUACAGGGACUGCAAAAUCGGUACCAUUUAUGAGGGCACAACGAAUGUCCAGCUAUCCACUAUGGCCAAGUUAAUUGAUAAGGAAUAUGACUACUGAAACCACCUACACUUUGCUAUGUUACACUCCUUCUUUUUUCCUCGGAUGAGUAGGAUAGCGGUGUUGUAUAGCUUCCCGUCACCAUUGUUACUGAAGUUACUAUAUUUCCCCUGUUUUUGAGUUCAUGUUGCUCUGGUUUAAGCUGUCCAUUUGUUAACUUGUACACUACUCUUCCGAUAAGACAAGACUUUGGUAGUUGUGUCACUUUUUUUGCUCUUCUCAAGCUAUUGCAAUCAAUUAAGAAUAACUCUCCCAUAUGUAACAAUAUAAGUCUGAAUGUUUGAAAGACUUUGAUUUGGAUAUCAUUGGGAUGCUUCAGUGCCUUCAGAGGAUCUGCUGUUUGUGAGGUCUUUUAAAAGUGUGAUUUCUUCCCAUGGGGUAAUACAGCUGGAUUCUAACAGUUCACCCACUUCUCUACAUAUACUGUACAGUGAUUGAUUUCACAUCAUGACAAGAAAUCUGUAAAGAAUGUUCUGUCAGUAGUAUUACAUGUGCAAAUUCUCUGUAGAGAAUGACCUGUCAAUAGUAUUAAAUGUUGAUGAAUCAUC